AUGUAUUACGAGACGAAACACGAUGAUGGCGACAAGACGUAUUCCGGAUUACAUCCGUCGAUGUCCGUUGAAGAAGGUCAAGUCGAUCAUGGAGAGACAACAAAUGGAGGUCUUCAUCGCACGCUCAGUCCACGUAUGAUCCAUGUCAUCUCCCUCGGAUCCAGCAUUGGCAGUGGUCUCUUCAUCACGACGGGUAAAUCCCUAGCCCAAGGAGGUCCAGCUAAUAUGUUUCUGGCGUAUCUCGUGGUUUGUGUCGGCGUAUGGGCGAACCUGCAAACCUUGACAGAGAUGACGAUUGCUUUCCCGACAUCAGGGAAUUAUAUCGAUUACGCGGAUCGGUGGGUUGAUCCAGCAUUGGCCUUUGGGGCUGGAUUUGCGGAGUGGCUUGGGUGGACGUCAGUAUUUGCAUCCGAAGCCAUGUUUCUAAUUACCCUGGUGAAUUAUUGGGCUGACGGGGUUGUGCCCAAGGCUGCUUUGCUUACCUUUUUUCUGGUACUUUGCCUUGGCGUGUUCCUCUUGCCAACCAGCAUCUUUGGAUGGCUGGAAUACAUCGGAUCCCUGGUCAAGAUGUUCUUAUUCAUUUUCGUUACAGCCAUUUCUCUAGCUAUUAUCGCAGGCGCUGGUCCGUCCGGAUAUGUUCGACAUGGAAACACCUGGACUGAUUUGCCAAUGUUCAAAAAUGGCUUUGGGGGCUUCUCCACCGCUGCAUUACUUGCUAUCUGGGCCGUGGGAGACCAGGUCUUUAUUGGCGUGAUGGCCGGCGAGGCCGAAUCUCCCCACUAUUCCAUGGCACGCUCGGCCAAUUUCGUUCCUUGGCGCGUGGGCAUUUUCUACCUUGUUUCGGUGGUAUUAAUCUCACUUGUAGUGGACUCCGAUGAUUCCCGGUUAAUAAACGGCUCGAGCGUGGUCUCCUCGCCUUUCGUCAUAGCGGCCCAGGAUGCGGGUAUCUCGGGGGUCCCGGACCUGAUUAAUGCCUGCAUAAUACUCGGAAUUCUUGCCCUUUCCUUAGAGUGCAUAUACCUUCCAUCACGGAUCUUACGCACUAUGUCGCUGCAGGGACUGUUGCCGGCCUUCAUUGCGAAGGUCGACAAAAUCGGCCGUCCGAGAUGGGCGCUCACAUUUACGGCCGUUGCAGGAACAGUAUUGACUUAUCUGAGCUUGAGCGCCAAUGGCACCGAGGUCCUGAACUGGUUCAUCUCGAUCACCAGCGCGUCCUUCUUCACUAACUGGGCGAUCAUCGCCUUUUCCUCCUUCCACUUCCGAGCGGCGAUUAGAGCGCAGAGAAGCCAAUUGUUUGAAACCCCUUAUGCAUGGCGGUCUCUUUAUUGGCCUCUAGCGCCUGUUACUAGCCUUUUCAUUUCGUCGUUGCUACUAGUUUGCCUUCUUUAUACCAGCAUCAAGCCAGUGGGCGGGGGUGCUUUUACAGCAUAUAACUUCUUUUCAGCGACGAUUGGUCUAAUCGUCAUUAUAGUGUUCACCAUUGGUUACAAGAUUGUGCAUAAAACGCCAUGGAGAGAUCCAGCAACUGCAGAUCUUAUCACGGGGCAUCGGGAGCUGACUGCUGCGGAGUUGCGGUUUCUGGAUGCAUAUUACGAGCGACCGCUGUGGUGGAGAUUGGGGACAUAUCUACGAAUAUGUUGA